UAAUUAUAUUGCCCUUUUCCUUCAAGAGAUAGGAAAACCAAAUAUGGUAAGAAAAUUAUGGCAAACACCUAACAUCCCUUGCCUAAAAGAUUGGCACUCACUAUUCCUUAAUACACUGAAUGAUGAUACCCUCCUUCUUGAAGUGAGGAUCAUGGCCACAAAAGCUGUGAUCAAUUUCAUUCAGUCUGUACCCAAUUCAAAUGAAAAGGAGCGGUUUCAGGAGCUAUUGCCAGGUAUGAUGAAGACGUUGACUGACGCAACGAGCAACAGUGACCAGGAGGAUGUAGCAGAGUACGCGCUGAAUUUUUUUAUUGAGUUGGCGGAGAAUGAGCCUAAGUUCUUGAGAAGGCAGUUAGCGAUUGUUGUGGGUAGCUUCAUUGAGAUAGCAGAGGCUGAGAAUGUGCAAGAUGGCAUGAGGAAAUUGGCAGUUGAAUUCUUGAUAACAAUGGUUAAAGCAAAGGAGAGGGCCCCUGGAAUGAUGAAGAAAUUGCCCUUGUUUACAAACAGAUGCUUUGCAAUGUUAUUGCAGUUAUUACUAGAUAUUAAGGAUGAACCUAUUUGGCAUACUGCAGAUAUAAUGCAUGAAGAUGCAGGGGAAACGAACAACUACAAUUUUGGUAAGGAGUGUUUAAGCCGGUUUUCUGUUGCAUUAGGUGGCAAGACUGUUGCUCCUAUUGCCAUAGAGCAGCUGAGUGCUUUCAUCGUUGCCCCUGAGUGGGAGAAACGACAUGCAGCUCUUGUUGCACUUUAUCAGAUAGCUGAAGGAAGCUCAAAGGUGAUAAUCAAGUAUUUGGAGCACGUAGUGAAUAUGGUCCUGCAUUCUUUUCAAGAUCAUCAUCCUCGAGUCAGAUCAGCCGCUAUUAAAUCAAUUGGCCGGCUGUCUGUUGACUUCCAUCCAGAGUUGCAAGAACAAUACACUAACCAAGUAUUGCCUGCAUUAGUUGCAGCUAUGGAUGAAUUUCAAAAUCCUCGAGUACAGGUAGAAGCAGCAGCUGCUGUCAAGAUUUUCUGUCUAACUGGAAAGCCAGAAACUUUGGUACCCCACUUAGAUGGAAUACUUAAGAAACUGCUUGUACUUAUGCAGAAUGACAACCAAAUGGUUCAAGAAGCAGCAUUAAAGGCAUUGGGUGGCAUAGCUAAUUUGUAUAAGGAGCAUUUCCAGAAGCACUAUGAUUUUCUAAUGCCAUAUUUGAAAACUAUCCUGGUAAAUGCAAAUAAUAAAUAUAAUGUCUUGCUUCAAAGCACAGCCUUGGAGUGCAUAAGCUUUGUUGGGAUGGCGGUAGGCAAAGAGAAAUUCAGUGAUGACUUAAAGCAGGUUAUGGAAGUCGUUAAGCCGUUACUAAAAUCACAAGAUAUAGAGUUUGUUACUAUCAUUUACAUUCUUGAGGCAUGGUCGAGAUUUUGCAGGUGCAUGGAGAAGGAUUUUCUUCCUUACAUGAGUACAGUCAUGCCCCCAUUGGUUGAAUGUGCUCGACUUAAGCUUGAUAAGAUCCUAUUCUCAGCAGAUACAGACGAUUGCAGGGAGAUGUUUGGUGAUAGCGUACACUUUGUCAUGUUUGGGAAAAGAAUGAUAUCGAUCACAGAAAGUGACCUCCUACGAGGCAAAUCUAUAGCAUGUGGUAUCUUUGGUUUACUUGCUCAAACAUUGGAGGAAGACUUCCAUCCAUGGAUUUCCCAGGCUGCUUCAGUUUUAGUUCCGCUUCUGAAAUUCUAUAUCCACAAAGAAGUUAGGAGUAAAACUAUUCGUGCAAUGUAUCCCCUGCUGAUUUCUGCUAAACUGGCGGUAGAGAAAGGAACAGCUGAAGGUGGAAAUAAGUCGUACUUCAAGAAGUUGUCCACGGCUACACUACGGGCACUGAGAGACGCUUUAUAUUCGGAACCUAAGGUCGAACUAUGUGCAAGUAUAUUGCGGGAAUUGAAUAAAUGCCUACAGAUCUGUGGAUCACUUCUCAAUAAAGAGCGAAUUCUCAGAACCAUCAAUAAGAUAAAGCACGUCCUUGUAAAAAGUUCACGUAGAAAAGGAGAUCUCGUAAAGAGAGCAAAGUCAGAGGAUUUUGAUGCUGAAGAGGCUGAAUUGCUGAGGGGGGAAAGAGAGCAAGAAGAAGAAGUUUUCAUAAAUGUUGGUAACAUAUUGGUUACAUUUAUCAAAAUUUUCAAGGCUGAUUUCUUGCCUUUUCUUGAUAAGCUUUCAUCAUAUCUACUGCCUAUGAAGGGCAAGGAUUAUACAGCUGCAGAGACAAGUACAUGUUUUCUUAUCUUUGCUAAACUUGUUGAGGAUUGUGGCGAGGCAGCGCUAAAGUACUGUUAUAUAUAUCUUCCUUUUCUCUUGGACUCAAGCAACGACGAAAACUCAGGUGUUAGACAGAAUGCGCUCUAUGGACUUAGGCUUUGUGCAGAAUAUGGUGGUUCUGUUUUCGAACCUGUUGUUGGGGAGGCUCUUUCAAGGAUCAAUGUAGUGAUAACACAUUUACAUGCUCAUGAACCCGAGAAUGAACAUGCGUAUAAUAAUGCUGUUUCUGCACUUGGUAAGAUAUGUCAGGUUCAUCAGGAAAGUAUUGACUCAGUGCAGAUUAUUCCGGCUUGGUUGAAUUGUCUGCCUUUAAAUGGUGACGCGAUUGAAGCCAAAGUAGUUCACGACCAGCUCUGUUCAAUGCUCGAAAGGUCGGAUAGAGAACUUUUGGGUCCCAACUAUGAACACUUCCCGAAAGUUAUGUCUGUUUUUGGAGAGGUUCUAUGUACUAGAAAAGAUCUUGCCACAGAAGAAACCACAAAACGCAUGAUUAAUCUUUUAAGGAAUCUUCAGAAAACACUACCACCAGUGAUCUUGUCAUCGGCGUGGUCAUUACUAUUGCCUCAGCAGGAGAUGGAACUAGAUUCCAUUCUAUCAUUUGAAGAAGAUGCUAUCUUUUCAUGAUCAGUUCAUAUAUUUUAGAGCUCAACAACAACAACAACAACAACAACAACAACAGAAAACCUGCAAGGUAAAGGUGGAUCAGUUCAUAUGUUUUCUAGCUGAUUUUUGCUUCACAAAGAAUAAUAGACAACCUAUUAGACAAAUGCAUAAGGUAUUAUGGUUUGUUGGGAGAAUGAAAAGUUUUAAUUUAGUCACGUAAUAUAGUUGAAUAUUGUUAUGCACAUAUAUAUUAGAGGACCUCUAAUAAGCUCUGACUUUUGCAAAGGGUGUUCAAAGUUUAAUACAUGUAUAAAAGAUAAUUUUACAUA